UAGGGGUGCAACGAAAACUAGUUGUGCCCAUCAAGCAGUGUCCUUGCAAGAUAAGCUAAGUAAGGUGUGGGACCUCCUCAAAAAUGUCCUUUUAUAAAACUUUAUCAAAAAUGACCCUCCGAGAGUGCGCGCGCCCGCCGCGGCACGGCUGGCGCCGCAAGCUGGCCCCGCUGCUGGGCUCGCUGCUGGCGGCGGGAGCCGUGCUGCUGCUGCACCGCGCGCUGCUGACCGCGCAGCGAGUGCACACGCAGCUGCAGUCUUACAGAGUCAAUAGGAACUUGAGCGCCUAUAGCGAUCUCAUCCAAGAGCCGCUGAUCCAGCCCCGUUCCCUGGACUCUCUCUGCUCUGGCUUCGCCCCGGAUGGCGUGGUGGCGCUGGUGACCAGCUCGCCGGCCCGGGCCGCGCGGCGCCGCAUCAUCCGGGACACGUGGGCAAGCGCCGUGCCCACCUUCUUCUUCCUCGGCUUGGACGGCAGCAAGGAUGAGCUGGCAGACAUCUACUACGAGUCCAAGCUGCACAACGACAUGGUGGUGUUCGAGUUCGUGGACACGUACCAGAACCUCACGCUGAAGACGGCGGCCAUGUUGCAGUGGGGGCAGCGGGCCCUGAGGCGGUGGGCGGAGCGGUGUGACGGCGCGCGCUUCGUGUUAAAGACCGAUGAUGAUAUCACGGUCAACCCGUGGCGGUUGAGGGAUGUGGCAAGAGAGCACGCGAAUGACGCUUUAGUUGGCUAUAUCUUCGAAGACGCAGCUGUGCGCCGAAGCCCCUUCAACAAAAACUUCAUACCGCGCUGGCUCUACCCUGAAGACAACUACCCGGAAUAUCUGUCCGGGGCCGGAUACCUCAUCAAUGAAGAAUACCUGCCAGAGAUCGUCGAGGCCUCAUACAAAGUUCCGCUUAUAAACAUAGAAGAUGUUUACUUCACAUACUUAGUUGCUGUCAAGGCGCUAGGGUUGCCACUGUCUCACGACGACCGGCUGAGCCCCUUCCAACCCGUGGUCCCGCUGGCCUGCGCCUACUGGGACUUCGCUUCCAUGCACAGCAUGACCCCGGCCACCAUCGCCAGCGCCUGGGCCAAGAUACAAACCUUGGGCGAAGCCAGCGACUCAGGCCUGCCCGUUUGUGAAACGUACAGACAGAACUUUAGAUACUUUUCCAGUUUUUACUUUUUACACACAUGAGGAUAGUAGAUUUGUGAAAGAAAUGUGGAUUUGUUUAACAGUUUCGUAACUUAUUUUAAGACAUAGGUACGUGUGGGGGUCUUAUCGCUCAAUUUGUAAUGAUUAGUGUCGUCUACCAGCGUAUUUUACAUGCGCAUAUAUCGUUUACUGUAUAGAUAACAAGUUUAAGAUUGAUAGAUAGCUAAAUGUGUGUUGAAAUUCAGUAUAAAUCAUUAGUGUUUGUUGUAGUAUGUCUGCCUCAUAGUAGCGGUUAUUAUAAUGCGAUCAAACUAUUACAGUUACUCACGCUGCCACUACUGGAUAACUUAAAGAGAAACUAUUUAUUUAUGUUAACAGCUGUUUAUAUUUUUGGUAUGUACCUAAAUAUAAAGUUAAAGGGGAGGAUUGAUUAUUUUUAGGUUUAUUUGUACUUCUUAAGUCUAGGAUUUUUUACUGAUAUUCAUAUUGAGCAACUCAAUAAUUAUUACUAAAAUACAAAAUAUAAUUUGCUUUAUUUAAAACCAUCUUUACCACUAGCUUCAUAUUAUAUUGGAGAAAUCACUUUUGAAAAUAUUUGAGUCUAUUCAUUAAAAUCAUAGAUAUUUUCAUACAAUAAUAAUAUAAAUACGUUAUUCCUCUUUCUAAAAAAAUUACAUACCUAGUAUUCCUCUUUAUUAUACCUAUUACUUUCGUCAACUGUUUUCUUAAACUUAUAAAACCACCUAUCAUCUCCAGGACGUUACAGGUUACAGGCAUUGUAAAUAAAUAAUAGUAACUUUA